AGUCAUCAGCAGUCAUCAGAAACUUUGAGCGUAUGAUGAAGACUAUCUGACGACUGCUAGUGAAUCAUCCGCUGCGGGAUUCCGUCGUCAAGUGUUGUUAUUGUUUUUCCUCAUAUAUCAUCAUCAGUAACCGCGUUUGACCAGUUGUCAAUUGCAUGAUUGUUUUGUAAAUUUGUUAAUUGUUUUCCUUUUUGUUUUUGUUUCGUCUUUAUUGUUUUCUUUUUGGAAAUAUGGCUGCCGUCUGAACGUCAAAUUUGUAUAUUCCUUUAUUUUGGUCAUCCAUGAGUUAACUCCGACCCGAGAAUGUCUCACAUUGAGACGAAGCUGAGGGCCCAUAGCCGACUCGAUCUGAAAUGGCUCAAGACUGAUCUGCAGGCCGUCUUCCACUCGCAAGACAGUUUGCACAACUUGUGGAACCGUCUUAUCAUUGAUGGUGAACUAACAGGCACCUUCUCCGAUGGCCUCCUCAACUCUGCAGGAGUCAUUGCCAGGAAGUGGGACCACGACAAGUACUACUGUGGUCUUCGGGUAUUAACAUGCACUUGCUGCGAUAGCAUUUGCGGACCGAUGUCGGGCUGCAAUUGCUUACCAUGUCAGAAAUUGGAUGCCGAAGAAUCUAAACAAUCGGAUCCAGAUAACGUACCGCCUUGUCUACCUCAAUAUAUAUUAAAUUCUUGGACCUGGGGACCGCAGCCAAAUCAGGAUCAAUUGACGACUCUUAUAAGAAGCUUGAACAAUGAACAACGUCGGCUAUGCUUGGAAGCGGCGAACACCUCGCUCUCGUCCAUGCGUCUUCACCAGAGGCUCAUAAUUUAUAAGCGUUAUUUCAUUGCCGUUAAUCGCGUACCAUAUGUUUCUGACAUCGAAAACAACGCGGUCACCAGAAAAUCCAGCAUGGAGGGUGCAACCGAGGUGGCCAAAUGUAGCCGCAGCAAGGGCGGUGGUUCCACAACACCAGCAACGACCGCCUCGUUAACUCUUGAUCCUACAUUGGGUUUAGCUCGCGUUGGAUCAAGAGCCGCCCUCAAUUUCUCCUUUGCUUUCCUUAGGCGUGCUUGGAGAUUAGGCGAAGACGUAGAUUUGUGUAGUGAGCUUUUGUUAGAAUCUCUAGAGGCUUUGCAGUUGCUUCCUGUUGCUACGCUUUUUGAUGAGGUCACCGUCUCUCCGAUCUGGCUGGAAGUUGUAGAGAGAUCUUCGAAAUUCCUUCGACAAGUUGUUAUGGGCGAUUUAAAUAGCGUACGACAGUAUAACGUUCCAAUGGAGGACCAACACACUUCUCUCAAUCUGCUAUUGGAAUUGGCACUGCAAAAAGGAUCGUUGAGUAGUAUUUUGGAAAUGACACUUUUGUUAUUCCACCUUUGGGAAAAACGCACUCACAUUGAUGAUAAUAGAUCACCUCCUAAUACAGCAACUGCUCCUUUAGCAAUGUUCCUAAAGAAGUUCGCAUUAAUUCCGUGUUCCAAACCAUCGAUUGAAGAUGUUGAAGACCCUCGCUGCACAAAAGUCUUCCUAAAGUUCUGUAAAAUGCCUGAAGAGGAUUCGGUAGAGAUUGAUAUGAAUCGUGCUUCUGUAAUGUUAUUGUCUCAUCUGGAUAGACUUGCUGCACCAUAUAUACCACCACAAUCAUUCAAUAAGUCUGUUAUAAAUUACAAUGGACAGCAAUUUCUUGCCUGGGGAUUUCUCUCCUGGAAUAUCGGAGUUGGUCCGCAAGCUAUCGAAGCUCUAUCCACAAUCAGCAUUUACCAAUUGUGUUGUGCUUAUCGCUGCCUUUUAGCUCUAUGUACUUAUGGCAACGUUUAUAUGAUUCAAUUGUGCUCGGAGACACCGUGCUUACAAAAAGUUGAAGGAUUGAGAAACAAGGACGUGAUUAAAAUAGCCGCUCAUCCCGAGGGUAAACAUUUUCUGGCUUUAACGAGCAAACAAGAAGUAUAUUCAUGGGGUAGCGGCGACGGUGGCAGAUUAGGGCACGGUGAUACUCUGUCAAAGGACGAACCAACUCUAAUAGAAGUUUUAAAAGACAAGGAUAUUGUAGACAUAAAAUGCGGAGGAUCUUACAGUGCUGCAAUAUCCGAGAAUGGAGUGCUGUAUACUUGGGGUCGUGGAAACUAUGGUCGAUUAGGUCAUGGAACUUCUGAUGACUGCUUUAUCCCAACAAUGGUGUAUGCAUUAUCUGGUCAACAUGUCGUAACAGUAUCUUGUGGAUCGGGAGAUGCUCAUACUCUUUGUGUUACAAGUCAAGGACGCGUUUACAGCUGGGGAGAUGGAGAUUACGGGAAAUUGGGUCGUGGUGGAUCUGAUGGUUCGAAAAUACCUCGUUUAAUAGAACGACUGCAAAAUGUUGACAUCAUCGAUGUAUUUUGUGGAUGCCAAUUUAGUAUGGCCCUAUCGCGUGAUGGUAAGGUCUACAGUUGGGGUAAAGGCGAAGGUUGGAGAUUAGGGCAUGAGACCGAUGAACAUGUUAGAUUUCCUCAGAUGAUACAGACUUUAGAAGGUAAAAAAAUCAUAAAAUUGAGUUUAGGUACGGGUCACGUCCUUGCUCUCACCGAACAGGGAGAAGUUUUUGGUUGGGGCAAGAACGACUACAAGCAAGUGUGCGACAGCAAUGAGAAUUUAAUACAAAGACCUUAUCUAUUGGACUCGUUGCAAGGGCAGAAGGUCAUAGGGGUUUGUUGCGGACCUACGCAGAGCUUUAUUUGGUCGGAUUAUAGUUCAUGGAUACCCCACAGUCGCAUACCUUUCGUAAUUGAUCUAAGCGAGAACACGUUCAGAUAUAUAGAACAAUUAUUGGAGAUAGUUUGCGAGAACACCAAACAGUCCAGCAGUGUCAUUAAUUUCCCCUUAUCGCAGGAGAACGAAUGUAUAGCUAUUGCCUCGUUGAAUCUACUACUCUUGCAGUUGCAUUGCAUAAUCACCAACAAUGUGGAUUCAAAGUAUUUGGGAUUAGGUGUAGGAAGCAAACUAUUGAAUAGCUUGAAGACACGCGUCGUUCAUUUGGCUAGUUCCAAUGGGAUUAUGUCCACUGUUCAGCAGGCGGCUCAGGCCACUCUGCAGGCAGGUUGGAGCAUACUUUUACCAACAGCGAACGAACGUGCGCAUACUUUGAGUUCACUUUUACCAAACACAGGAAUUGAUCCAAGCGUGGUUAGCUGCGGACACCGAUUCAUGACUGAUCUCUUGGUGUGGAGUUUGAUGGCAGAUGGGGGCUUGGAGACAGCGCUCUGUGAAGCACUGCGUGUGGAAUUGUCAGAACUAGCCGAUAUCGAUGAGACCUUUGAAGCGUCCAUCAACCAUACCGCUAUACCUUUGCUUCAUUUGGUUAAGCAACUGCUAAGAAAUGGAAGUACUUUUACGCAACUACGACUACAAGAGUUUACGUCCACUGGAAAGCUUAAUGCACAGCCUCAUAAAUCCACGCACUCGCCGAGUUUGAAUUUACUUCUGAGAUUUCAGCGUUUACUAAUUGCUAAAAUAUAUACCAAAGAUAGCGACAUUCUGCAAGCGGCCGAAUCGCUCCUUAAGAAAUAUCUGCAUCAAUUAACUGAGCACAUCACAGAGACUCUGAUUAUCGCAUACGAGGCUGCUAUACACCGUAAAAACUAUUUAGCUGUAAUGCAGAUGAUAAAAGGAGAUAUUAUUGAUAUACUGCUUCCUGAACUUAUUGUAUCCAUGAUUCUGCUACAGCAGGAAAUCGAAGAGUUUUUGUUCACCAUGGACUGGAUGCAUGUCUUUGAUAGCGUCCUUGCUUCUUUGGAUAAAUUAUGCAAGUUAUCGCCGGACAUCGAAGCAUCUGAUACCGAUGAUGUAUCUUGGCCGGGCGUUCCACACACUAGAUCCAACCCUUAUGCAUCACACAAAAAUCACGACGAACUACCUCUGAUAAGAAAAGCUGAUUUGGAAAAUCAUAAUUUGGAUGGCGGAUGUUGGGUAGUUAUCAACAACAAAGUCUACGAUAUUCAAGAUUUCAGAUGCGAAAAUUCUAGUAUGAUGGAAAUUCUUCAUAAAUAUGCAGGAAAAGAUGCUAGUCACGUUUUCAAUAGCACUCCCCAUAGUUUGUCCACACUUCAGAUGAUGGAAACGUACGUCAUUGGAAAUUAUUCCCAACAAGAACCUGACUCUAGACAAAUACCUUUGGACAGUUUACACGUGUUGUCUACACUUCUGGACACUGAGAGACACUUGGGUCACUUGCUAGGAUUGCACGCUUUUCAUAUGAGACAAAGUUUACCUUUGCAAGAACCAGAAUUUCUUAGCAAAGAUUGGACUGAGUCUCCAUUUUUACGAGGAGGUUUACAAGUCGUAUUACCGCCAAAUCCCUUUGAAGAAGAAAAGGGUGAUGCAAGGAGUACAAAUUCGACAGCUGGAAAUACUCCAACGGAACCGCGCGUCAACACCACGCAUCACAUUAAAACUAAUAAAACUCUUCAAAUUCCAUUAAAUCGCAUCAACAAUUUUAUAAACGCUUUGGCGGAGAGUAGAUUAUCUGACUCUUAUGUGCUAGCGUUCUUGGCUGUAGUAGAACAACAUUCAAAGCAAAAUAACUUUUUGACACGCGUCGAUUUUUCCUUCGAGCAUCCCGUAGAGGAGAUCGGUAGAGUGCUGUUUGCAGUUUUAUUGAAACAUUUAGGACUCGGGUAUAUAUUAUUACCAAUACUAGAUGCAUAUUUAACACAACCAAAUGUAAAAUUACCGAAGGCUCUCGCCGAAAUGGUAAAGUUGGUACAUACUACCAAGUGGAAUUUGAUUAAAAUACGACAGGAACAGAACCGCAGCUAUAAAGAAAUAUGCAUUCCAGUAUUGGAAAAAUGCAGGUUUCUAUUGUACGAGAUUAAGCCUGCCAUUAGCAUAGAAAUGGAGGCCUAUAAGAACGUAAAUGUUCUUUACAAGGAACCGCGCGUGAAGACAUUGGUGAAGAAAAUCAUUAAGGAUCUUAAAUGUGGUCGUCACACGUCAGACAUUCAAAAACCGGAAGACAUUGUUAAUGCUACGAUCCAAUCUCAGAGCAUAGAAAGGCAUAAAUCCAAUGAAGAUUUGACCAAAAGCAGUGUAAAGAAAUGUGCAUCCGAUGGUAAAAUUUCCGAAAGCAAAAGCGAUACCGAUGAUGUGAAUAAUGAAAUAAAGAAUGGCACUGAUAAAAGUACUGCCGAAAGAGUUAUGUCUGAGUCGUACAAUGCAAAAAGCAUUCCUAAGAAUUGCACCGACCUGAAGACUGAGCUUGAAGAGAAGUGGACUGUCGAGUCUAAAGUUGAGAUAGAACAGUCCGAUCAAGACAAAGAGAAGAAGUACGAAAAUGAGAUGGCGUUGAGCGCGUUGCUGACUAAACUGACUGAGAAGAAGAUGAAAAAGGUAUGCAAUGAGAAUCUGGAAAUGAUGAACACGAUUCUUGAAUUUGUAAUGCACAACAAUUCCUGUGAUAUUGAUACACUGCGCAGAGCAAUGUUCUGUCAGGUGAGACGCUGUAAGAUUAGAAAGGAAGGCUUAGAGUUAGUGAAAAAUUUACUCUCUAGGCAUUAUUUAUUAACAUCAACACGGUAUGCUAUAAUCAAUGGUUACUUGGGUUUGACAAAUAUUUCAACCAAGGAUAACAUGUCCCAUUGCUUAGAUGGUAUUCAACUGGUGACUCCGGCAUUAAAAACAGAAAUACUCCUUAGUCAACUUUCCGUCACAGAAUGGUGCAUUGAGUCCUUGCGCAAUUGUAUUCUUAAAGAUUUUCCGAAUCGUGUUGGAAAACAAAAAUCAGUAAGUGCGAAAAUCAAUUUGAAUUUAGGUACGUAUACUUUGCUGCGGGAUAUUCCAAGAGCAAGAAUGCUGCUGGCUAUCUUGGGAAUGCUGGCAUCGAAUCAUUAUUUGCCGAUGGAAUUGAGUCCGUUGAUCAAUAGCGGAGUUGUCAGUUCCGUAUUGGCAUUACUUCGACAAACUGGAUGUGAUCAGAGUAUCGUAAGGAAAGUGUCUGAGUUCUACGUACUAUAUGCUGAUAUGGUUGAGACUUCCAAGCCGAAGACCAGCUCAUUGAGUGGUCCUGAGUUGGCGGCGUUGAUGAAAUUGGGUGUUCGAGUGAUCAGAGGGACGGACUGGAAGUGGGGAGAUCAAGAUGGACCACCUCCAAGCGAAGGCAGAGUUAUCGGAGAAAUUGGGGAUGAUGGUUGGGUGAGAGUCGAAUGGGCUAACGGAACAACCAACAGUUAUAGAAUGGGCAAAGAAGGAAAGUACGAUUUAACUUUGGCCACACCUCCAUCUCCAGUGUCAUCGGAAACUGAUUCUGAAGAAGUCACUGAUACAGGAUCUCAUAUAAUCAAAGAUAAUCAACUGAUUAAGUUCUUAAGGGAUAGCAGCAUAAAUUUCUUACGCAAUAUUGCAAUAAGUGCCGGACUUGCGAAAGGGAAUUUAGAUCCGUCUACUAUACACGGUUUGAGCAGCCUCUUUUGUAGCACUCUCAAAUCAGGAAAUCAAGACUGGUGUAGUUUGACGCUUGUAAGAAGCAUAGCCCAGUCGUCUCAAAAUUCUAUAGCAUUUAGCACAAAACCUUGGGUUAAUAUGCUACUGAGUUUCAUUUCCGCAUCGAAUAGCGCAGGUGGAAAUGUUGUGAAUUUACCAAAACAGAUUCUCUCCGUGCGCUUAUUGCAGACGGUGUUGCAAUCCUGGGAUAUGGAUAAUUCGGAAAUACUACCGCUGCUCGAAAAGGUGUUGAAUAUUUUAGGGAAAAUUAUUUUAACAUGCUCUUAUGACACCGGCAACAAACCCCUAUGCGAGUCAAAAUCGCUAGUUCUUUUGACCCAAUCACACAGCAGCACUCUGGCUCAAGAAAUAAUUAAUUUAUUACGGACCUUGCACGGAUUGGUCGGUUGGAAUCAAGUGCUCAAUGCGAUUUUGGUAAAUAAGUUGAACACUGCGGCGUACUUCCUCAGUGAACCAAAUGUGCUUUCUGUGUUCAAUGAGCCAACAAAUGAGCCUCAGCAUUAUAUGGUAACUGCCAGUUUAAAUGUAAUUGGUGCUUGGGACGUACGACCACGAAUUGGAGCUGUUGCUGAAGUAGAUGGUUCUGUUGGAUCGGUUAUAAGGGUUACACAAAAGGGCAAACUUUGUGUACAAAUUCACGACACCGGUGAAAUAAGAAAGGUUGCAUUGCCUGGAUUGAAGCUUAUACAACCAAUCAACUUUAAUUUGGAGCGUAUGCUAUUUGGGGAUAACCUGGUGAAGACCUGGGCCACGCUGUUACUGAAUAAGCAGUACUCCUUCUGUAUCUAUGACAGAAAACCAGUAUACGGACAGGUAAAUGUUCCUUACUUGCGCAGUCAACAGUACAUGCUGAGCAGCUUGAACGCGUCGAGGGUAUUAAAUUCUAGUCAAAGUAAGUUGAGGAAAGUCCUGAAACACCCAAUCAGUUCCAUGGAACAAUCUCAGGAACAACAAGAGGAUGAUGGUCCGCAGCAACCUAUUCUAUUGAUGCAGAAAAUCUUAAUGAAGGCCACACAGCCAAGCCCAUUGAAGCCAGGAUUCACAUUAGAAGAAAUGCAAUUGGCCGCGUUGAAUCUAAGCCAGUAUUUAGCUGCGGAGGGUAACUUCGAUAAGCCUGCGAUUGUUGCUGCCGGUUCUUCGUCGUCAACAUCGGCUGUAGCUGCUGCCUCAGCUUGCUGCAUCAUAAAUAACGAUAAAGGGGUUUCGAAGAAUAAAGAGGGCGGAAGCGAACUGCCUACACCAACCAGCGAAGGUUCCGUGAAAUCUGUCGUUAGCGAAAAAAACGCAAAGAAAAAGAAAAACGAGGAAGCAAACCAACUGCCGGUGAAUCCGAUUGUUACUCAAAUUGUGGAAAUGGGUUUCUCCAAGAAAAGUGUCGAAAAUGCUAUGAAGAAUAUAGGAGUUGCUGCAGAUUCUUUAAUUACACCAGAAAACAUAAUAUCUUGGUUGCUCGAACAUCCCGAUGUUGUUGCGUCAGAUACCGAAUCUCUAAGCUCAUAUUAUAGUUCCGAUACUGAAUCAGCAUCUGAUCAAAUUGAUUUGGCUAUGAAUUCGUUAGGAGAAUGUACCGGGAUGGGCGAUUCUUUAUCACCAAAUGCUAUAAUUUUCAACCAAAGAACUGAUUUCUUGUCUAAUGACGAGUAUGCGAUGUAUGUGCGUGAUAACAUCGAGAUAGGUAUGUUGGUAAGGUGUUGCAGGAGUUACGAGGAAGUACAUGUAGGGGACAUUGGAAAAGUGAUUAAAAUAGACAAGGAAGGUUUACACGAUCUCAAUGUUCAGGUGAACUGGCAUAACCGGGUGUAUACAUAUUGGGUGCGUUUUAUUCACAUCGAAUUGCUUGGGUUUCCUCCAAGUCUUCCAGCGCCAACUGCUAUUAAAAUUGGAGAUAAAGUUAGAGUAAAGUCUACAGUAUCCACACCUCGGUAUAAAUGGGGUUACGUAACUCACGACAGCGUAGGAAUAGUUGUAGCUAUUUCUUCAAAUGGCCACGAUGUCACCGUCGACUUUUCAAAGCAACAGAAUUGGACCGGUCUUCUCUCAGAGAUGGAAUUGGUACCUUGCAGCCACGAAGGUGUCACUUGCAACGGAUGCGGCGUAAGUCCUAUUAAAGGUGCCAGAUACAAGUGUAAGACUUGUGAAAAUUACGACUAUUGCGAGAAUUGUUUCUUCACCAAGAAAAAUCAUCGGCAUUCUUUCAACAGAAUAGUGGAUACUGGUGCUCCAGAAGUAUACGUAGGUAAACCAGGCCGUUAUUAUAGAAAUGAAUUUUUGGAGUCCGAAGGCUCUGUAACAAACGAAUGGAGCCGUUGCGUACGAAAUGUGUCCGUAUCUUCACAAGAAGUUUUAGCCAAUUUUGAAAACCCAGGAUGCGUGUGGCAAAGUUGCGGAAUACAAGGAGAGCAUUGGAUACGUCUUGAGAUACAACCAGACAUACUUAUAAAGAGCCUAAAAAUGGGUGUGGAUCCUUCUGAUAAAACUUACAUGCCAUCAGUUAUCAUAAUUAAUGGUGGGACUGCUGUGGGAUCUCUUUCAGAAUUAAAUGUGGUCUACGUGAGUAGCACAGACAGAAUGGUGACGUUACUUUCCAAUAUGGAUCAGUAUUAUCCAAUGAUUGAGAUUGCCAUAGUGAAGUGCAAGACGCGCGGCAUCGAUUGUAAAAUACAUGGAAUAACUAUUGUUGGAACAAAAAAGCAUGCUCGCGGAGAAUUGAAGACCUCUGUUUGUUUUUUGGCCAAUGAUUGGGAUUUAACUCAUGAACAAACUUUUAAUACACCGUAUACUGCGCAAGGUUCUAGUACGGGCAACAGCGGCAGCAACGACUACAAAAAUUCUAAUUGCAAAGUGUUCGUUUGGGGAUUGAAUGACAAAGAUCAGUUGGGUGGUAUGAAAGGGUCGAAAGUCAAAAUUCCGGUACAGUCUGAUUUCUUCAAUCAGCUCAGACCCAUCCACAUGGCAGGUGGUUCAAAAUCACUGUUUAUUGUGUCUCAGGAAGGGACGCUGUAUGCGUGCGGGGAGGGAACAAAUGGUAGAUUAGGUCUAGGCCAUAAUAGUAACGUGUCCUUUCCAAGGCCCAUUCCGUUCCUCAGUCAAUAUGUUAUUAAGAAAGUUGCAGUUCAUUCUGGUGGUAAACAUGCUUUAGCAUUGACUUUGGAUGGAAAAGUAUUUUCUUGGGGUGAAGGUGAAGAUGGAAAGUUAGGCCAUGGAAAUAGGUUAAAUCUAGAUAAACCAAAAAUGAUUGAGCGUUUGAGAAGCAAAAGAAUCAGAGAUAUUGCCUGCGGCAGUUCCCAUUCUGCCGCAAUCAGCAGCAGCGGAGAGCUAUUUACUUGGGGUUUGGGUGAAUAUGGUCGUUUAGGUCACGGUGAUAACAUUACUCAACUGAAACCGAAAUUAGUGAAGACCCUUGUUGGUCAUAGAAUAGUCCAAGUAGCUUGCGGUAGUAGAGAUGCGCAAACCUUGGCAUUAUCCGACGAGGGUUUGGUGUUCUCCUGGGGUGAUGGAGAUUUUGGAAAAUUGGGUCGAGGUGGUUCAGAAGGAUGUAACAUUCCUCAUAACAUCGAACGGUUAAAUGCGCUGAACGUUGCUCAAAUAGAAUGCGGAGCGCAAUUUUCUUUAGCCCUUACUAAAAAUGGUGAAAUUUGGACAUGGGGUAAAGGAGAUUACUUCCGAUUGGGCCAUGGUACGGAUCAGCACGUAAGGAAACCAACAAUGAUCGAGACUUUCAGAGAUAAAAAGAUUAUCCACGUUGCUGUGGGAGCCUUGCAUUGUCUAGCGGUUACAGAUAAUGGUCAAGUUUAUGCUUGGGGGGACAAUGACCAUGGCCAGCAGGGAAAUGGAACCACUGCAGUUAAUAGAAAACCGGCUCUCGUUCAUGGCUUAGAGGACGUUUUCAUUAAUCGCGUGGCGUGCGGUAGCUCACAUUCUAUAGCAUGGACAUUGCAAGACAUGCAAACUGUAUCCAUGCAAGAACCUGUGAUGUUUUCCGUGCCAAAAGAUCCUCUGGGAUCUUCCAUAUUGGGUCUAUAUGAUGGCGAAAAGACCAGCAAUCGAGUUUCGAAAAAGGAGCCGACUUUAAGCGGUAUUGUUAUGUCCUUGGAAAGCAAUACAGCUAAGCAACAAGCGCUCCAACAUAUUUUGAACGCGAUUCACAUACAGCAACUUCGCCAGGCUAUUAUAAAGGCUCUGUGCAGUCAUACAAAUAUGAAUGCAUCAAAUAAUAGCAAGGUAAACGCAGGUCAUGAAACUCCACCGGAAGGAGAAUCUACACUUGGUGGCAAAGAUGCGGACAUAAUUGUAACGGGUGGCGGUGAAGCUCCUGCUUCUCUAGCAGAAUUAGGUUGUCUCAAUAGCCACCAGUCUACUCCAGAAAGUGAUGAAAAUCCAAUAGCUUUAAUGCAGUCUAUGACAGCUAGUAGUUGCUCCGCCAGCUUAUCCUCUAAACAUUCUCGAAUGUCUACAAGCGCUAUGUCUGUUAUUGCCGCCACUCUGACUUCGCACGCGGAAGUUGUUGGAGAUGGUGAUGUAACUGGUUUGGAUGAAUUUACCGUGCUUCUAACCGAGAGCGAUGCUAAACUUAUCGUCGAUUUAUUGAAGUUGGCCGUUGUUGAUAGAAUUGAAGAUGAGCAUGCCAAAGAAAUUCUGUCUACCGUUCUUACAAACAUGGGGAUUGCGAAUAAAUCUAUAGGAGCUAUGCUUCUUGAGAUCUGCGUUACUGAAUUGGAGGACACUACAAGCAAUACACAUACGCUGUCUAUGACGCCUCAUCCAGUUGUUCAAGAGUCCAGCCAUCCUUAUGUGGACGAUGUUACGCUUAGAGGACACGUGAGGUUACCUGGCGCUGACGCUUUGAGAGUGGAAUUUGAUAGGAGAUGUUCGACUGAGAGGAGACACGACCCCUUAACAAUCACAGAUGGCAGAGGGAAAGUUGUGGCCACUAGAUCGGGCAGAGAAAGAACGGAUUGGUCAGCUGAACUUCGAAUUCCUGGCGAUGAAUUGUACUGGUCUUUUGUGAGCGAUAGCUCUGUAAACGGCUGGGGCUGGAGGUUUACCGUCUACCCUAUAAUGUCUAAUCAAUCCCCGAAAGAAUUAGGUUCAGACAGGGCUGUUCUUAGUCAACCAUCCGUUGAUAUGGUCAUGUGCCUUUUGGAUCCAAAAAUAUACAAAUCCACAGAUACUGCUUUAAUGUCUCGAUUGGCAGCCGCUUUAGCCUCCUGUUCGCAGCUUAGUUUUCUUUCGUCUAGUCAACGAAUGUGGGCUUUGCAAAAACUGCACCGAUUGUUAGUAACCGAUGACGACAAUAAAGGUCUUGGAUUUCAGUUGCAGCAACUUCGCGCACCGGACAAUGCGCUUGGAGGACUUUUGGAAGAGUUACCUCAAGCAUUGUUGCGACAGUAUGAACAUGAAGAUAAUUCAGUUAGGGCUGGUGUGCACUUGAUGCAUUCUGAUUUCUUCAAAGUGCUAGCUGCCCUAGCAUGCGAUUUGGAACUGGAUAAAAUGAUAGGCGUUUUAUCUGAUAACCAUAAGUGGUCUUGGUUCAGAAGAUAUUGCAAUGCCUCGCGUGUCGCUAAAUCUCUGAUCCAUCGUACAGUGCUUCCCGCACAAUUCAGCAUGGAAGUCCGGAAGAAAGCAACGGAUGCUUCCCAAGAGUUGAUGCUAGCUGCACCAGGAUGUUCAACUGGUGAUAUUUGGGAUCACGAACGUCACGAUGUGUUCAAGAAGGAGCAUGAUGAGCAACUACUGCAAUGGCUGAGUAGGAGGCCGGAUGAUUGGACCCUCUCAUGGGGCGGAUCUGGGACGAUUUAUGGAUGGGGUCAUAACCAUCGAGGUCAGUUGGGCGGUAUCGAAGGUGCUAAAGUUAAAGUACCAACAACAUGUGAUUCGCUUUCCGGUCUGCGGCCAGUUCAGUUGGCGGGCGGAGAGCAAACGCUAUUUGCAGUCACAGCUGAUGGUAAAGUUUAUGCCACUGGUUACGGAGCUGGUGGACGAUUGGGAAUCGGUGGAAUUGAUUCCGUGCUUGUGCCUACACUUCUUGAAUCUAUUCAACAUGUGUUCAUAAAGAAGGUCGCCGUCAAUUCUGGUGGUAAACACUGUUUAGCAUUGUCGGCUGAUAACGAGGUGUACUCAUGGGGCGAGGGAGAUGAUGGAAAACUGGGACAUGGCAACAAAACCACUUGCGAUAGACCUAAGUUGGUGGAAGCGCUGCAGGGAUACGAUAUUGUGGUCAUUGCGUGUGGUGGUGCCCAUUCUGCUGCCAUUGAUAGUUUAGGACAACUGUUUACUUGGGGCAAAGGACGUUAUGGAAGAUUAGGCCACGGAGAUAGCGAAGACCAUCUGAAGCCUAAAAUUGUUGAACAUCUGCUUGGUUAUCGCGUUAUAGACGUGGCUUGUGGAUCCGGUGAUGCUCAAACUCUUUGCAUCACAGAUGAUGAUAAUGUUUGGUCCUGGGGUGAUGGAGAUUAUGGAAAAUUAGGUCGUGGAGGUUCUGAUGGUUGUAAGGUGCCCAUGAAAAUCGAAACUCUAGCUGGUUUGGGAAUUAUUAAAGUUGAAUGUGGUUCGCAGUUCUCAAUGGGUCUCACGAAAUCAGGAUACAUAUAUACUUGGGGUAAAGGGGACUACCACAGAUUAGGACAUGGACCAGAUGAGCACAUUCGAAGACCACGCAAGAUAACUUCGCUUCCCGGCAAAAAGUUUAUUUCAAUAGCAACUGGCUCGCUUCAUUGCGUAGCGUCCACAGACGAAGGGGAGGUUUACACGUGGGGCGAUAACGACGAGGGGCAGCUGGGCGAUGGAACGACGAACGCCAUUCAAAGACCCCGACUGGUUGCUUCUUUGCAAGGAAAGAAAAUUACGAACGUUGCCUGCGGAUCUGCCCACACUCUAGCAUGGUCCACAAGUAAUCACACCUCAGCUGCGAGGCUUCCGACUCAAGCACCAAUGGAGUACGAUCUCUUGAAGGAUAUUCCUAUGCAGGUGCUUCACAGACGUUUAAUACUCUUGCAUCAUUUCUCCGAACUAAUUUGCCCAUGUAUAACGAUGUUCCCAAUCACUGGUCUUGGCUCUCUUCAUGAACUACGAAAUAUAUUGGUGUAUUCCAUCAAGGAAGCCACCUUCAGAAAGGUUGUUCAAGCAACUAUGGUCCGUGAUAAACAGCACGGUCCAGUUAUAGAAUUGAACAGAAUCCAAGUGAAGAGGUCAAGAUCACGAGGUGGUUUAGCGGGAGUAGAUGGAAUGAAAUCUGUUUUUGGUCAAAUGGUCAGCAAACUGCCACAACUUACUUCCGAGGCUUUGUCGUUACCCCAUCGCAUCUGGAAAGUUAAAUUUGUCGGUGAGAGCGUCGACGAUUGCGGUGGCGGAUACAGCGAGAGUAUUGCAGAAAUGUGCGAUGAACUUCAAAAUGGAUCUUUGCCUCUUUUGAUACCUACUCCAAACGGGCGUGACGAAGCUGGAACUAAUCGAGACUGCUUCCUAUUGAAUCCCUUGGCGAAAUCCUGUUUGCACUUGAACAUGUUCCGAUUCUUAGGUGUAUUGAUGGGAAUCGCAGUGAGAACCGGCUCACCACUAAGUAUUAAUUUGGCGGAAGCAGUUUGGAAGCAACUCGCCGGCAUGGAGUUAACGCCCGGAGAUUUGACUGAAGUUGAUAGAGAUUACGUGCCUGGGUUACUGUGCAUUAGGGAUAUGGGGCCGGAUGAACGACUCUUCCAGAACUUGGAAAUGCCUUUCUCGACGCCUUCUUCUUGCGGCACUGAUGUUCCACUGAGCACGAAAUAUAAGCGAAUCACUUACGAAAACCGCAUGGAAUACGUUCGAUUGGCCCUGAACUUUAGGAUUCAUGAGUUCGACGAACAAGUUAAAGCCGUUAGGGAUGGAAUGUCAAAGGUAAUACCGGUACCUUUGCUGUCUUUGUUCAGUGCUUACGAGUUGGAAACUAUGGUUUGCGGUUCUCCCGACAUUCCCUUGACAAUGUUGAAAUCAGUUGCAACUUACAAAGGUAUCGACAGUACGUCACCUUUGAUCCAAUGGUUCUGGGAAGUUAUGGAGGACUUUUCGAACCAGGAAAGAUCUCUGUUCCUUAGGUUUGUCUGGGGUAGAACCAGGUUGCCACGUACCAUCGCGGACUUCAGGGGUCGUGAUUUCGUGAUACAGGUAUUGGACAAGUACAAUCCGGCUGAUCACUUUCUGCCUGAGAGUUACACAUGCUUCUUCCUGCUGAAAAUGCCCAGAUACUCUUGCAAGCCUGUCCUCCAGGAGAAGUUAAAAUACGCAAUACACUUCUGCAAGUCGAUUGAUACGGACGAGUACGCUAGGGUGGCGAUGGCCGGAGAUCUGGCGGUGAGCUCGAGUUCGGAUGCGGAUAGUGAUCCUGAAAUGGACAGCGAUCAUGAACAAAUCGUAGCCCGUCCAACAUUCAUACCGCCAUCGAUCGUUUAAAGGGAAACAAAAUCGAACAUUUUUAAACCAUUUUAUAUAUAUAUAUAUAUACACAUACAAACGGACACAUAACGUAUUCGAGCUUUACAUGUUAAUCUGUUCUCAUUAUCUUUGAAAUUAGUUUUGUUCAUUUUGUUUAUUCUCAUAAUCUCGGCUUUCCAUUUUUUCUACGGUGAACAAUUUUUGUUUAAGUUGUUUUCCCCCC